GCACUCCUCCGGCCAGCAGCACCGGCACUCUGCAGAUCCUCCUGCUGGAUGUGAAUGAUAACGCUCCUCAGGUUUUCCCUCCAGAGGCCGAGAUGUGUGAGAAUUCAGAGAACAGCAUCAACAUCACAGCGCUGGACGCAGACACAGACCCCAACGCCGGACCCUUCGCCUUUCAGCUGCCUUUAGAGCCUGCAGACAUCAGGAGGAACUGGACCAUCACACGACUCAGUGGUGAUUAUGCACAGAUUGCUCUAAACUUGGACUUUCUGGAGCGAGGCCUGUAUGAGAUCCCCAUCCUGAUCUCUGACUCGGGUGCGACGCCGCUGUCCAACACGUCUGUGCUGCGAGUGAAAGUGUGUCGCUGCGAUGUGGACGGAGAAUGCACAGAAACACACAGCAGCAUCAGCACCGGCCUGAGCACCGCACUCAUCAUCACACUGCUGCUGUGUGUUAUCAGCCUGCUGCUGCUGCUGCUGCUGUUCGUGGUGUGGUUGAAGCGCAGAGAUGACGAGCGGCAGGUGAAGCAGCUCCUGAUCGACCCAGAAGACGACAUUCGAGACAACAUCCUGAAAUACGACGAGGAGGGCGGAGGAGAGGAGGACCAGGACUAUGAUUUGAGCCAGCUGCAGCAGCCGGAUAUGGAGCCGGAAGGGGGUGUGUGUGUGAGCGUUCGCCGGCGGGACGAGAGACCUGAAGCUCAUCAGCGGCUCCGACACACACCGCAGCCGACAGACAUCGGAGACUUCAUCACUGAGGGUCUGCGGGCUGCUGAUAAGGACCCCACAGCUCCACCUUAUGACUCCUUGUUAGUGUUUGACUAUGAAGGGAACGGGUCGGCCGCGGGCUCCAUCAGCUCCAUCAACUCCUCCAACACAGACGGGGACCAGGAUUACGAUUAUCUGAGCGACUGGGGUCCGCGGUUCCGGAAACUAGCAGACAUGUACAGCAGUGGAGACGAGUGAAGACCAGCGGAGAAACCGCACCGCUUUCAGAACACAGCCGCAGCGUCCCAGAGCUCAACGCUAACAGCUAGCUAAAGGCUGAAGAUAACGCUCCUGCAGAAGAGCUCUGGGCCGGGUCGAGCGUACGACACACGCUCCGUUACUCUUCUCUCCACCGCACAGGGAGCUGAUGUGCCUUCGUGUUUGUGUUUGGGGUUUGAAUGCUUUAUGUUCAAGGCUUUAAGCAGGCGUGAUGCUCUCUGGUGCAGAUGAUCACGCUUUUAUUUUUGCUAAAUGUUUCUUAAAGAAGUAAUUUAAUUUCCCUUUCCCAAAAUAAAGAUUUGCUGGAUGUGACAGACUGUAGGACACUACACAGAUCACUAUAUUUGUAGAAUAUUUUCUGCAGCUCAUUAACAGAUGCAGAGUUUUGCAUAAUAAAAAUAUUAACUGGAA